CGGGGCCGGGGCCUUGAUACUGCUUCAGCCCCUCUAGCUCGGUGCUGCGGUGGGAUGGGUGUAAGGCACUGCCUGGUGGGCACCCCUCGGCUCCGGCCCCACCGGGGUGAUAGAAGACAACGAUCAGCCCCUGAGGGCUCUCUGUGUUAAAAUCAUGGCUCUGAAACAAGUUUCCAGCAACAAAUGCUUUGAGGGUUUCCAGAAGGUGUUUGAACACGACAGUGCAGAGCUAAAAUGCAAAAUGAAAUUUGGAAUCUACUUGCCUCCAAAAGCAGAAACUGGAAAGUGUCCUGUGCUGUAUUGGCUCUCGGGGUUAACUUGCACAGAACAGAAUUUUAUAACAAAAGCUGGUUUUCAACAAGCUGCAGCUGAACACGGUCUCAUUGUGGUUGCACCAGACACAAGCCCACGUGGCUGCAAUGUUGAAGGAGAAGAUGAAAGCUGGGAUUUUGGCACUGGUGCUGGUUUUUAUGUGGAUGCCACUGAAGAUCCUUGGAAAACAAACUAUAGAAUGUAUUCCUACAUAAAAGAUGAGGUAACUUUGCUCCUGUUGAUGCUGGGUAGGGUAAAGGGGUACGGUUCAGUCAUACUCUUUGUUCCUAGCACCAAAGUUUGCUUAAGGUGAUUUCGAUAGCCUGUG